AUGAACUUCUUCGAUACAUGGGACAUUGCUAGGGCUUCAACGCCCCAACCACCAACGAACGAUGUUGCACAGCAGGCGCAGCAACCCAGCCUCAAUGAAGAGGUCAACGAGGUGAUAGGACAACUCGGUCGGUUCUGGGGAGGUUUCAGGGCGCAGAGCCAAAAGGUUUUGGAAACAGCCAAGAAGGACUUUGGAGACGUGGUUAUCCAGGCCCAGAAGGAAAUUGGAAAGCUGUCUGCGUCUGCACCACCGACUGAGGGUGAACCUUCAACAAGAUCAGACCCUAUUAGCGCUCCAUCUUCCUCUGAAUCGACGACUGGGGGAGACAAAACAACGAAGGAUUCUGAGUCGGGCUCUGAUUCGGUCGAUCCAUCAACACCGACUGCAUCCACCAGUUCCGGCACCCUAUUCUCCCGACUCCAAGCUGCCCUCCCUCCUAAUCUCGUUGCAACUGUCCAAAGCCAUAUACCUGAAUCCAUCAAACAUGCCUCGGAGAACGUUGACCUCAAUCAGAUCCGUUCAAACCUUGUCGCUGAAUUCCAACGCGUUCAGGGUAUAACACGGGCACAAGCUGAAGAAUAUGCACACAAGGGCGAGGCAUAUCUUCGGGAGGUCGUGAAAGAAGCCAAUGAAGUCCUCAAAGACGCUGUCAAGAUCAUCCCCCCUUCUCCAACACAAGAACAAUCUGGGCUAGUUUGGGAUGGAACGGAUAUGUGGAUGUUGCCUACGACUGAGGCCAGCGCUUCUGGUUCUGGAGGGAAUGGUUCUAGUGCUGGACCUUCAAGACAGGUCGGAGAGAUGCAGACUGCUGUCGCGUCUCGUGCACUUGCUCUUCUUGCUCGUCUUCAGUCGGAUCCGACCAUUCUCCAGCAUGACCCUGAAGCGGAAGAUGCUGUCAAGGAUCAGUAUCGUAAAUGGCUCCAGGAUGAAGUCGAAUCCAAGGGCGGUAUCGAUGGACCCGAGUGGAGCGAGAAGAGCGCUGCGCUACUCAAGGAGAAUACCUCGCUCUAUGAAAUGUAUACUUCUCUUGUCUCAGCUGAGCUUUCUAAGGAAGACUUUUGGCAGCGAUACUUUUUCAGAGCCCAUCAGAUCAAGACCGAGGAAGAGAGGCGGAAGGCUCUUCUCCAGGCUACAACUGAGAGUGACGAGGACUUUAGUUGGGAAGGUUCAGACUCGGAAGAGGAAGAAGACGAUGACGAGGAGGAAGGCUCGGAUACCGAUACCUCCUCCAAGGCGUCUGCUCCUGUCCCUCCAGUAGGCAAGACGACGCUCUCACCCAAGGACGCGACAACAUCUGGGCGCCCUUCGAGUGAAGAAAGCUACGACGUGGUUUCAUCAACGAAUGCCAGUAUUGCUGGAGAGCCAUCCAAGAAGCAGGCAAGCACUACGGAUGAUUCUGAUAGUGAUUGGGAGUAG